CGAUCAGCGGUCAGAUCUCAUUCAUGAGCAUCAUCAUGUCUGUGUCUGUUCUGCUCUCAGCUCUGCUGCUGCUGGUCUCCACAGCCUCAGCUUCACACUACUAUGGAGGAACAAUGUCCUUCGACCCACGAAAGAAUCCUGAUGGAUCCUAUAGGGUGGAUAUCCGCUUCAAGGAGGCCUAUCAUAGCUGUGAUAUAGGUGAUUACUGGUAUUGCGGGUCUGGAAAUUGUGGCAGUAAAAGCACUUAUGUGAGCGGUCAUGUGGACGACAGUCCUAACGGUGGUAGCUGGUGCCAGACUGAGGGAGUGAUGAAAAGAUCCGUCUCCAACAACAGCCCAUUUCAGCUAUACAAAAGUAGCUGCUGCUGGAUCUACAACAGGGUCUCAAAUUCUGGAAACUGGAGACUUCUCACACAUAUUGACCUUGGAGAAAGAUCUGACACCUCUAAACCCAACAGAUCUCCAGUCGUCACCACACUUCCCAUUGUUAGAGUUCCUCAAAACUGCGCCAGGGACUACAAUCUUUUGUCCUGUGAUCCAGAUCAUGACCAGGUCAGGUGUAGAUAUGGAGUUUUCUCUGCAAAUGAGUGUGGAAUGUGCAACCAACAUGCUGGAUUCAGUUUGGACCAGAGCACCUGUACUCUGUCAUACUCUGCCAACACUACUCGUGGUGUUUAUGCAUUUGAGCUGGUCAUGGAGGACUAUCCCACCCAGAACAUAACUCUAAACUACACUGCCCUGGCCUCGGCAUUCAGGACUCCCUUUAAUGCAUCCUCCAAUCCACCACUGAGCAAAAUACCUCUCCAGUUUUCUUUAGAAGUGGAGGCUCCUGCACCAUCUUGCACUGAGGGUGAAUAUCUACCUCGGUUCAUCCACCCAACACCUCAACACGGAGAACAUCUACAGGCUCGGGUCAAUCAAGAGCUAGAGAUCAGAGUAAAGGCUACUGCAACCUUCUCAAGCAUCACUGAUGUGGUCUUUAGUGGACCUCUGAACAGCACAAAGGAGACCACCACCACCGGGGACUAUGUGAUCAACUGGACACCAACGUCAGAGAAUUACGGCCAACAUUUUCCAAUCUGCUUCAUUGCAGAGGGCCUAUAUGGGUCCAGGAACUAUCAGUCUGAGAUGAGGUGUGUAAUUGUUGUGGUGGAGGCUGCAGGUCCAAGAGCACAAGUGACCUGCACUAGGGACACAAUGUCUGUGUCAAUAGAAAGAGCCACUAUUUCAGGAAUUCAUGGAGAUCACUUGCGGCUGAACAACAAUGCUUCCUGUGCAGUUUCGUCUAAUAACACGCAUGUGUUUACAACGUUCUCUCUAAAUGCAUGCGGUACUCAGAUUGAAGAGACUGAUGAACAUCUCCUCUUCAAGAACACAAUAGUUACAUUUGAUAAUCCAAACCUUAUCAUAACCAGGAAAAACGUAUUUGAAAUUGAAGUUGCGUGCAAGUACCAGAAAAAGAGCAGCAUCACCACAAGGUUUGAUGCUCACAGGCCAGCCGUCAACUUCAGCGAGAGAGGCUUCGGCUCAUUCAGCUAUCAGUUUGAAUUCUAUCAGUCUGGUAGUUUCAGAAAUGUAAGAGAUCCCAACACUUACCCACUGGAGUACACAGUUGGAGAAACAAUCUACAUGGAGAUUGAACCUGUCAAUUUAGUUCAAAACACUGAGGUCUUCCUUGAGUCCUGUGUAGCUACACCCUAUGAUAGUCCCAACUAUCCCAUCUCUUAUCCCAUCAUCACAAAUGGAUGUGGGGUUGAUGAAACGGUUAACAUCUACACAAGUCACCAGUCCAAUGUCAAGUUCAGUUUGGAGGCCUUCAAGUUUAUCGGACAAUAUGACCAGGUGUUCAUCAGCUGCUCUAUUAUCAUAUGUCAAGCCAACAAUCCCAGCACACGCUGUGCUCAGGGCUGCACCAACGGCACACAGAUCACACCGUCCUCACAUGUUCACAAAAGAGAAGCUGCCAUCCAGACCGGAAGCCACUUUAUCUCCCAGGGACCCCUGCGGCUGAGGAGGAGCGCAUCACUUACCGACGCCAUCAGCCCAAGCUUGAACCUGAACCUUGUUUUUGUGGCUGGAUGCGUCGUAGCAGUAGUUGCCAUGGUGUGUGGAAUGAUGGUCUAUAAAGCCAGGGGAUCAAAGGUCAACUACCAACUCCUGAAAUCAGAUGAGAUUUGAUCAGAUCAGAGUACAUCAGCUAAUUAAUAUGCAGUGGUGGGAUGUACUUUUUUGGGUUCUAGAAAGAAAAUGUUUUAUGUGUUUGAUAAAAUGUUACUAUAAUAAAAACAUCUGUUCUGUCUGCAUGAAUAAAAUCUGCUGUUUCUCGGCAAUAUUGUAUGUUCUGCAGAAAUUCUAAUCCAGUACAUGUUUUCUGUAUCUAAUAAAGUGUGGAUGAGGGAUGGAUUGUA